UAAUUACUAGCAAGCCCAAAAUGAUUUGCAAAUUUUUUGCCAUCACAAUCUUGUUGGUUGCUGCAACCGAAUGCUUUGGACAGCUUUCCGGUUCGGUGGGUCCCGAUUUCAAAGGAGGACACAACGUCAAUCUCAAUGGAAAACACGGUUUCGGUAAUGCUCACGAAAACGUGGUCGGAUCCGUGGGUCUAAGCGGUAAUACAAGAGGUGGUCCAGCAACGGGUAGUUUGGGAGUUGACUACAACAGAGGAUUGAAUAGUGCUGGAGUUUUCGGUUCACACACUCCGGGACAGCAGAACACGAUCGGUGCUCAUGGCAAUCUGAAUCUGUUAAACACUAACAGAGACCGUUUGGAUCUGACCGGAUCUGUCAGUAAAACUCACACACCCACCCACGACAUACAUAAGUUAGGAACGGGACUCCAGUUCAACGACCACGGAGCUUCCUUCAGCAAGAGUAACAUUCCCGGCGUUGGCUCGCAAACGCGGCUCGAUGGUACAGCGAAUUUGUUCAAAACGGGCACCAACCGGCUGGAUGCUAACGCUUUCAAAACGUUCAACAAACCCAUCAAUGGUCCAUCCUUUGGCAGCCACGGCGGCGGACUGGACUGGAACAAUGCUCGAGGACACGGAGCUUCGGUUGGAUUCGAUAGGACACCUGCGCUAAGAGAAACAAAUGUGUUCGCAACCGGGAAGGCAAAUCUGUGGCAAAACCAUCGUGGCACCUCACUGGACGCAUUUGGCAACGUCAAUAGGGCUCUUUCCGGGCCGAAUCACGGUAAAACCAAUUUUGGCGCGGGGUUAGGUCUUUCGCAUCGUUUUUAA